AUGGGGACACAGCGGGGCCACGGAGGGGACGCCGGGGACACGGCGGCGUGGCCCCCGGCCGUGCCGCGUCACAUCCCCAGCGCCGGUGACGCCGAGGUGUCCCCGAGGCCGCGGUGGCCGCGCCGGGCGCUGUCCCCAGCCGGGGCCACCCGCCGGGGCCACCAACCCGCGCAGGGCACGCCCGAGGGGGCAGCGGUGGCACCCGCGGGGACGGGGACGGGGACGGGGACGGCGGCCAGGUCGAUGCCACUCCCGCGGCCAUCGCCGUCACCCAACGGGGCGGUGUCGCUGUCACCUGACCCGGUGAUGUCACCCAACGGGGGCGUGGCGUUGUCACCUGACCCGAUGACGUCACCCAGUGGGGGCGUGGUGUUGUCACCUGACCCGGUGACGUCACCCCAGCGGGGGCGUGGCACCGCCGUUGUCACCGACGUCACCCCCGGGGCCACACCGCGGCUCUGGGGACAGAGGGCGGCGCUGGAGGCCACGCCCAGGUGCCACCCCCCUGUGUCGCUGUCCCCUCGCGGUGACACCAGCGAGGACGAUGACAAUGCCACCCCCUCACUGUCACUGUCACUGUCACCUACAGGUGACAGACCCCCGUGCCGCUGUCCCCUGCCACCCCUCAUUGUCACCUCCAGGACCAUUGUCACCUCCUGGAGCUCAAUGUCACUGCCACCCCCUCACUGUCACUGCCACCCCUGUUGUCACCUCCCUGGUCAUUGUCACCUCCUGGAGCUCAUUGUCACCUGCCACCCCCUCACUGUCACUGUCACCCGCAGGUGCCACCCCCCUCUGCCAUUGUCCCCUCGCGGUGACACCAGCGAGGACGAUGACAAUGCCACCCCCUCACUGUGCCACCCCCCCGUGCCAUUGUCCCCUCGCGGUGACACCAGCGAGGACGACGACGACGACGCCCCCCCCGCCCUGGGGACAGCGCCGCCGGUGCCACCGCGGGGACGCUGCUUCGGCUACGCCCGCGCCGUGCUGGCCCCGGGGGUGGCCCUGUCCCCUCUGGUGUCACCCCUGGUGUCACCCCUGGUGUCACCCCUGGUGUCACCCCUGUCCCCCGUGGUGUCCCCGUGUCCCCGCAUCCAGCAGCUGGACGGGGCCGACGAUGGCACCCGGGGGACAUUGGGGACAGCGGGGACAUUGGGGACACUGGGGACAGCGGGGACAGCGGGGACAUUGGGGACAUUGGGGACAGGGCCACCGCCGCCGGUGCCACCCAGCGCCGAGGGGCUGCCACCCGACAUCGUGGAGUUUGUGCUGCGCGGCGUCACCGGGGACACCAACGGGGACAUGGAUGUCACCAGCAAUGGGGACAUGGAUGUCACCAGCAACGGGGACAGUGCCACCAACGGGGACAGUGCCACCAACGGGGACAUGGAUGCCACCAGCAACGGGGACAUGGAUGUCACCGAUGGGGACAUGGUCACCAGCAAUGGGGACAUGGAUGUCACCAGCAAUGGGGACAGUGCCACCAACGGAGCCUGGCAGGGACAGCGGCUUGGGGACAUCGGUCAAGGCCACCAUGUUGGGGACAUCGGUCAAGGCCACCACCUAGGGGACAUCAGGCAGGGACACCAACCUGGGGACAUCGGUCAAGGCCGCCACCUCGGGGACAUUGAUGGAAGCCACCGCCUCGGGGACAUCACAGAGAGCCACCGGCUUGGGGACAUCCGGCAGGGACACCGCCUUGGAGAUGUCACCAAGAGCCACCAGCUUGGGGACAUCGGUCAAAGCCACCACCUUGGAAACGUCCAAGGCCACCACCCUGGGGACAUCAGGCGUGGCCACCACCUUGGGGACAUUGGUCAAAGCCACCACCUUGGGGACAUCAGGCGUGGCCACCACCUUGGGGACAUCGGUCAAAGCCACCACCUUGGGGACGUGUCCCAGGGCCACCACCAUGUCAGGAACGCGCAGGGCCACCACCCUGGGGACAUCAGCCAAGGCCACCAUCUUGGGGACACUGACCAAGGCCACCACGUUGGGGACAUCAGCCAAGGCCACCACCCUGGGGACAUCAGCCAAGGCCACCAUCUUGGGGACACUGACCAAGGCCACCACCUUGGGGACAUCUCUCAAGGCCACCAUCUUGGGGACACUGACCAAGGCCACCACCUUGGGGACAUCAGCCAAGGCCACCACCUUGGGGACAUCUCUCAAGGCCACCACGUUGGGGACAUCGGUCAAGGCCACCACCUUGGGGACAUCUCUCAAGGCCACCACCCUGGGGACAUCAGCCAAGGCCACCACCUUGGGGACAUCUCUCAAGGCCACCACCCUGGGGACAUCAGCCAAGGCCACCACCACGUUGGGGACAUCAGUCAAGGCCACCACCUUGGGGACAUCAGCCAAGGCCACCACCACCUUGGGGACACGGACCAAGGCCACCACCCUGGGGACAUCAGCCAAGGCCACCAGCAGCUUGGGGACAGGGACCAAGGCCACCAGCAGCUUGGGGACAUCUCUCAGGGCCACCCUCAGGGUGUCGCCGCCCCCAACGGCCUCGGGGACGCCUUGGGGACACCUUGGGGACAUCCCAAGCGGGGCCCGGGGGAGGGGACGGGGCCGGGGACCAAGAGGCGGCGGCUGGAGCUGGACACGGCUGGGGACAGCGGGCUGAAGGAGGAGCCGGAGGAGCUGAUGAGCGACAGCUGCGGCUCCGAGGACGAGGAGCCGGAGCCCCUCCCCCCGGGCCGAGGGGGCGGAGCCUCCCCGGGGCCCCCCCCAGGCCCCGCCCCCUCCCCGCCCCUCCCCCACCUGCGCUUCGAGAUCAGCUCCGAGGACGGGCUGAGGGUGACGGCGCCGAGCCUGGAGGGUGCGUGGCGGGCGGUGCUGGAGCGGGUGCAGGAGGCGCGAGCCAACGCCCACCUGAGGCACCUCAGCUUCGCAGGGAUGAGUGGUCUGCGCCUGCUGGGCAUCCAGCACGACGCCGUGGUGUUCCUGCUGGAGCAGCUGCCGGGCGCCGGGCGCUGCUCCCGGUACCGCUUCCGGUACCACCCCCCCAAACGGGACCCCCCCCACAGCGCCCCCCCCCGCAACCCCUCGGGCUGCGCCCGCGCCGAGCUGUACCUCAGGAAGUGCACCUUCGACAUGUUCAGCUUCCUGGCGUCGCAGCACCGCGCCCUGCCCCAGGGACCCCCGCCCCGCGAGGAGGAGGAGGAUGAGGUGCAGCUCAAGCCCACCCGCCGCGCCACCAGCCUGGAGCUGCCCAUGGCCAUGCGCUUCCGGCACCUCAAGAGAACGGCCAAGGAGGCGGUGGGAGUGUACCGCUCGGCCAUCCACGGGCGGGGCCUGUUCUGCAAGAGGAACAUCGAGGCCGGCGAGAUGGUGAUAGAAUAUUCCGGAAUCGUCGUGCGCUCCGUGCUCACCGACAAGCGCGAGAAGUUCUACGACAGCAAGGGCAUCGGCUGCUACAUGUUCCGCAUCGACGAGGCCGAGGUGGUGGACGCCACCAUGCACGGCAAGCGCCGCGCGCAUUCAUCAACCACUCGUCGCAUCGUCAUCUUCGCGCUGCGCCGCAUCCUGCGCGGCGAGGAGCUCACCUACGACUUACAAGUUCCCCAUCGAGGAGCCGGCCGCCAAGCUGCCCUGCAACUGCGGCGCGCGGCGCUGCCGCCGGUUCUCAACUGA